CUUUAGUCGACUUUCAUACCUAAGCCAUAGACAAAUAGUAAUUUAAGGAGUCGGUAUUUUCCGUUUCCGGAUCCGUUACGUGUUGUUGCGCGGCCAUCUUGGUUUGUAUUCGCGCUUUCUCACUGUAUCUGAAAAAUUCGCGAGUUAUGUUUGGUAAAACUUAAUAAGGUAGUUGUUGUAUGUGAACUGAAACAGAGUGAUUUGUGGAUAAGAAUACUGAAUAAACCUUCAUUAUGGAUCCGGCUAAGAUGAAAGUAGUGGAUCUUAGAUCCGAGCUUGGCGCCCUCGGUUUGGACACCAAAGGGAACAAGCCGGCUUUAGUUGAAAGAUUGAAGAAAGCACUAGAAGCAAAGUCAGGAAAAGCUUUACCCGAUACAUCUAUACUGGACACAUCUACAGAGGAUGCCAAUGAACCCCCGACUCCCAGACGAGCUGUCCCUGCUCCUCGCACUACUAGACGCUCGUCAUCCUCACGGCUUGCAGCUACACCUGCUAAAGUACCACCUCCAGCACGUGAAGAGCCUCCUGAACCUAUACCAGAGGAACCAAAGCCAGGAGAACCAUAUUCACCAAGCCAGGAGGACUCUGACAAUGAUGUUCCGGCUAAAGAAGCGGCACCAGCACCUGCACCAGCCCCUGCUCCUCAGCCGGUGGCGACUCCUUCACCUACGAAGGCCCCAGAGCCUGUCGCAGCCCCGUCCCCUCCAAAGGCUCCAGAGCCCGUCGCGGCCCCUUCCCCAGUAAAGGCCCCAGAGCCCGUCGCGGCCCCGUCACCUGUAAAAGCCCCGGAGCCUGUUGCGGCACCCGAGCCGGCCCCUGUCCCAGCUCCAGUACCUGCACCCGUUGCGGCGCCUACUGAAAUGGAAGCGGAGCCCGAACCUGAAAGCAAGAGUGAAGUGCCAGUGAAACAAGCCGAUCCUGAACCAAUGGAUGUGCAAGAAGGUGCUCCUAAAGAGGUUGAAGAGUCUGAAAAGAAAGAAACAGACAAGGAUGAAGUUAAAGAGGAGAAGGGAGAUGAAGACAAAGAUAAAGAUAGCAAGAAGGAGCGUCCACUAACUGAAGAAGAAGAAUGGGAUCAAUUGAACGAGCGUCUCCGUGUUCGUGAACAGGAGCGGCUAGAGCGGGAACGAAAACAAGCCGAGGAUGACGCCCGACGUUUUGAGGAGCUCAGCAAUGACCCAGUCAGGCUGAACCGUUUGAAGCGCAAGCAUGAAAAGAAGGCUCGGUGGAGUAACUUCUACAGGGCUAUCGAAGUCACUAAUGAAGUGCUUACUCCUCCCGAGGAGGCGCAAAUUAAGGAAAGGAGGGAAGCCGCCGAAGUGAAAGUUGCUGAACCAGAGAUUGACGAUAGCAAAAUUACAUUGUCUUGGUAUGAUAGUGAUCUUAACCAGUACCUGGAGGUGCCAGCGUUGAACGGUGUGAUCCCUCUCAGCGACGGUGCUUUUGCAUACGCCUGGGCUGGCACUCGAGCUACUCACGGCGUGGAUGCUGGGAAAGUCUGUUAUGAGGUUCGUGUCGGCGCCACGGUCCUGGCCACAGAAGGUGGGGAUAAGGAACAGAUCACCUCUGGACUAAGAAUAGGCUGGUCAACCGAAGACUCCUCACUGAAUCUUGGCGAAGGCGAAUUCAGCUGGGGCUACGAAAACACCGGUCGCGCCCUCACCAACAGCGAGUUCAAGGAAUACGGAAAAACUUUUAACGAGAAGGAUGUUAUUGGUGCUUACUUGGAUUUAGAGUCAAACCCAUGCACAAUUUCCUACACGUUAAACGGCGAAGAACUCGGCAAUGCGUUUGAGUUCGACAAGGAAGUACUGAAUGGCAAACCGUUAUUCCCUCACGUUUUCACCAAGAACAUGUGCUACAAAGUCAACUUUGGUUAUGACAGAUACACCAUGUUAACGAAGACAAAGACGGUCCGGCACCGAAUCGAAGUGCCCGUAGAACAAGUACUAGCAGAGAAGCGAGCUAUAGAAGCUGAGCUGCAGCGCAAGAAGGAGGAGGCUGCUAAGAAGGAGAAAGAACGGCGAGAGAGAGAAAAGGCGGAAAGAGAGGAACGGCAGAGGAAGAAGAGAGAGGAACGUGAGAAACAAGACCGCGAGAGAAAGGAGAAAGAGGCGGCGGAGAGGAAGGAGCGAGGCGAAGAGGAACCGGAGCCCGCUGAAGGGGAGAACAAGGAGGCACAACCUAAAGACAAAGAGACACAACCUAAGGACAAAGAGGCACAACCUAAGGAGGACGCCCAGGAGCCCAUGGAGGAAAGCAGUGAGGUUAAGGAGGAGCCUAAGGAAAAUGGCGAUAAAGCUGUAGAGCCGGCUCCGGAGAAGGAAGAUAAAGCCGAGCCCAUGGAGACUGAGCAGAGCGAGCCCGCGGCCGAGGUCGCUCCUAAAGAGGAACCUGUCCCAGAGGGUGAGCUUGGUGAGGUAACUGAAGAACAAGUACUUAAGGCUCCGCCCGGCCACGUAUUGGACCCAAGGAUUCAAUUUGUCAUCCGUUACACGGUGGAGGAGGAGUUGGACGGCGAAGAGGCGCCCAUACUGGAGGGAUACGUGUUCAUCUGUCAAGCCAACAUGAUCAAUGGACCCGCUCGCCCCGCCACCAUCGCUGAGUGCGAGGUGAUCCUGAUGGUGGGCAUGCCGGGGUCGGGCAAGACGUACUGGGUGAAGCAGCACGUGGCUUCGCACCCGGCGCGCCGCUACUGCGUGCUGUCCACCGCCACGCUGCUGCAGCGCAUGCAGGUGGACUGUAAGCCCUUCCGCGCCAGCUACGAGGGCCGCUGGGACGCUAUGGUGUCCAAGUGCGCUAAAUGCGUGCUUAAGUUGUUGGAAAUCGCCAAGGGCCGCAAAAGGAAUUUUAUCCUUGACCAGAGACGGAAGCUCAGGGAAUUCGACGGGUACCGGCGGGUCGCAGUCGUGAUAGUGACCGACGACGAGACGUACCGCGACCGGCAGAAACGACGCGAAGAGGUCGACGGCAAGGAGGUGCCCGACGGGGCUAUCGUGGACAUGAAAGCUAACUUCGCGCUGCCCGAGAAGUGCUCGUGGCUAGACGAGGUGAUAUUCCCGGAGCUGAGCGGCGAGGCAGCCAAGGCAGUGGUGGAGGGCUACCACCGCGAGGCGCGCGUCACCGGCGUGGCGCGGGACUCGCAUCGCCGCGACCGCUCCGCCGACCGCGACAUGCCGCCCGCCAAGCGACAUCGCUCCAACGACAAGCGACACUCCCGCGACGACAGGCGCCGGGACUUCAGCCGAGGCGACAGGGAGGACCGGUGGGGUGGCAGUACGGGGUCUGGCGGCGGCGGCGGCGGCGGACGCUGGGGCGGCGCGGGCGGCCGCGGCGGCAGUCGCUGGGGGCCGCGCGAGCCCCGCGGGGGCGGCGCCCCCAACACUCGCUUCGACCGGCCCUGGCAGGGCCCGCCGCAACCUGGCGCGCCGGGGGGACCCAACCGAUACGACAACGACUUCCGUGGAGGAGCCGGUCGUGGUGGACGAGGAGGCGGCGGUCGCGGGGACCGCGGCGGCCGGGGCGGAGCCCCACCCAACAACGACAGGUUCGGCAGGGACAGGCACAACCGACCCAACGACCGCGGACCCGACAAGCGACACCAUCAACCCGGCGGUGCGGGUAACAACGGUGGCGGCGCGGGGUCCUGGCAGCGCGGCGCGUCCGGACCCCCGCGCGGGGCCAUGCAACCCCGGCCCGGCCACGCUGGACCUGGACCGCACCAACGACCCAACCAACCCAAUCAGAAGGAUGGACAGAAUCAAAACCAAAACCAGAACCAGGCCAACCAACAGGGGUGGAACCAAUGGGCUGGCGGCUGGGGAGGAUGGGGCAACUGGAACCAAAACCAAGGUUGGGGCAACUGGGGUAACUGGGGCAAUUGGGGCAACCCGCAGCAGCAACAACAACAACAGGCUGGCGGCGCGGGCGGGGCGGGCGGCGCGGGCGCGGCGGCCGGCGCCAAGCAGGCCGGCGCCGCCCAGCAGCAGCAGUGGCCCGCCAACUACACGGCGCAGCAGUGGUACCAGUGGCAGCAGUGGCAACAACAACAACAACAACACGGCUGGCCCGGGUAUCAGCAAGGUAACCAAGCCGGAAACACACCUGACGCUCAAGCGUGGGCACAGUACUACCAGAACUAUGGCAACGCCAAUGCAAACAACACCGCUGGCAACGCAGUCACCGGCUCUGAGAAAAAGUGAUGUUCACUUUACAACGAUACUCCGAGCUUGUGACGACCGACCGACGUAUCGGCCGACACUGUUAUGUACGAGCCUUACGUAGCCAACCUCGCCUGCCUGCUUCAACAGUACACAGCCGGAUAUCAUGCCUAGACACAGUGACAACACUUAUCAACGGACAAUAGUAAUUAGUUCCGAUUCCUAAAUUGUUUAAGUAUUCCGACAUCCUUUUCAGCUUCGAAAUACCUAAAUUGCAGUGUACCGUACGUAAAUUAAAUAAAUAGGAAGAAUAAAACAAAAACUUUUCUAUAAAUUAGAUAUUUCCAAAAUGGUUGUUUAUAUCUUUAUAUUAUAACAAUUAGGGUCGUAAACAUAAUGUUAACGCGAUGGUUGAAUACUGAAAUAUAGCGUCGUUCGUUUGACCUAAGCGUUAGGACUCGUACAGUUAACAAAAUAAUGUAUAAUUGAUACAUAUAUUCCUACAGUAUUUAGGUAAUAGCCAAAAUAAUUGAAAAGUAUUGCAGCAGUAAUAAAUGGUCACUUUUCGCAG